UCCUGUUGUGCUUUUCAAAGCCGUCUGUUGCAGGGGUGAAUUAAAGUAUGCUCCUUAGUCGGUUUCUAGAUUUUGGGCAAUAAUGUUUAAAUUAGAAUGCACAGUAUGGCGCCAGGUUGUAUGCCCAUUAUGAGAUCGUUCUUAACAACAGUGGCGGACACAGCUAGCUAGCCGGCUAACUAACCUUCAAUGCAGCCAGUUGAUGUGACAUCUAGCUAACUAGCUAAAUGCUAGUAAUGCAAAUACAACGGCAAUGGCAAACUCACAGAUUCGUCUGAAAAUCCUCCCCAGCGCUCGCUGCCUCUAUGAUAAACUGGUGCAGCUGAAAGUAGAGGGCCUUUCCCCACACAGACCAGUGGAGCUGAGGUCCAAGGUGGUUGAUGACCGAGGAGUCACCUUCAAAGCGUCCGCCGUGUACAAAGCGGAUGAAACUGGAGAGGUGGAUGUGUGCCGUGCGCCGUCUCUGGGAGGCAGUUACACUGGAGUUCAGCCCAUGGGUUUGUUCUGGGCCUUGGCGCCGGACACGCCGCACAGCAAAUACCUGAAGAAGAACGUGCUCACCCCAUCACUGGUGGAGAUAGAAGCGCUGAGUGGGGAGGACGGUGGGGUUCUGGCCUCGGGAACCAACGAGAGAGUAUACAUGACAGAGGGGAUGAAGAGGGUUCCUGUGCAGGAGGGCAGAAUACGAGGCGUGCUUUUCAUACCACCAGGAAAGGGUCCGUUCCCAGGGAUUGUGGAUUUGUACACUUUUGGUGGCGGCUUAAGUGAGCCCAGAGCCAGCCUGUUGGCAAAUAAAGGCUUUGUUGUUCUGGCCCUGGCCUAUUUAGGCUACCAGGAUUUACCAAAAAAGCCUAAAAACCUGGAUUUGGAAUACUUUGAGGAAGCUGUGAACUUCCUGAGGACAAGACCAGAGGUUCAAGGUCCUGGGAUUGGCAUCAUUUCGAUCUCUCACAGUGGUGGUCUGGCUUUGACGAUGUCAUCUCACCUAUCAGGCAUCUCAGCAACUGUGUGCAUUAAUGGCAGCAAUGCAAACACUGUUAUUCCAUUACACUACAAAGGCAACGUUAUGCCUCCGCUCACGCCCAUCGUAAAAAACGUUAAAAUCACAGAGUCUGGGCUUUUCAGUAUACGCGACGCCUUGCCAGACCCUACCUUGGAAAAGAACAAGGCGUCAUUGAUUCCAGUCGAACGUGCCAGCUGCCAGUUCCUCUUUGCUGUUGCAGAAGAUGACCACAACUGGAACAGCUCUAUGUUUGCAGAGAAGGCGGCACAAAUACUGAGAAGUCACGGCAAAGAAUCCUUUCAGGUGGUUUCUUACCCCAAAGCCGGGCACUUUUUGGAAGCCCCUCACACGCCUUUCUGUCCGUCUGGGUUUCACCCAGCCGUAGGGAUGAAUGUGGUGUUUGGUGGGGAGCCAAAGGCCCACUGUGAGGCUCAGCUGGACCUGUGGGAAAGAGUCCAGGAGUUCUUCAAGAGCCACUUGGGCAAGAACGGUUGUUAACAAGCAGCGCUGCGUUAAUGACGCCCAGCACUUAGCCAGAAAAUGCACAAGCAUGUGAAAACAUCAGAUUCUUGCCUUUGUUAGCCUUUAAACAAACAUCUAAAUGUUUUUGCACUAAAAGUAUGUUCUUCGGUGGUAAACGUAAAAAGUAAAAUACCUUUUUGCUCAUUUCCACCAAGGCGAGAGAGGCUCAGAAAUUACCAUUAUGUGCAGCACAUUAAAAUGUUACUGUUUGAUUUGCCAUUCUUCCACAUUAUGGGCUGUAGAAUACUAACUCACAUUGAGUAGUGUGGUUAAUUACAGUCAUUAAUCAUUUGGGGUGAGCUAAGAUGUCUGUACGCGGCCUUCCAAGUUGGUGAUGACAGUGAAUCUUAUUAAGAUUCCUUUGUGUUGUAUGAUGUUGUAAUGUGUUGUUUUGCUGAACAUAUAAAAAGAAAAACACUGAACUACA